AUGAGCACUCUCACGGUGAGCAUUUACAGGGAUCCGAAGGCUGCUACUCCGAGCGUGAAGAUCAAUUUGGAAAUGCUGCGAUCGUCGAUGAAUCUUCUGCAGAAAGCGAAAGCGAAUGACACGGAAGGGUGAGUAGACUACAGUAAUCCUUCGUCCCGUUGGACCAUCUUUUCCUCCGGUUCAGCGUCCUCAAUUCGAUCUCGGAUCUCACUUCCGAGUACGUCAAAGCGAAUUCUCUAAACGUGUCAAGCGAGCAACUCGUGAACCUAACCAGCGUCAUGGUAACCCUUCUCAUUUUCAGCUGUUAACCACUUUUUAAUUUUCUAAAAUAACACUUUGAAUCACGAGUCACGUACUAACAAACAUUUCAGAGGUCUAACAUCUCUAGUAUGGGAUACUUCACCAAAAUGCCGAUUUUCAAAAUGACUACGGCUAUGAAUGCAGCUCGCGAAAAACUCGAUGAAUUUGGAAGCAUGAAUCUGACUGAAAUCGUGAGCAACUCGACGGAAAUACAGGACAUCGGAAACUACACACUCGGAAAUUGGACAUCCGCGGACGACGAUCUAAGCACUGGCCUGGAUUUCGGAUCCAUGGAUGAGGGAGGCAAAUUCUUGGGAGACGGCACGACUCACAGCACGAGCUGGUCCACGGCCUCCAAUUUCUUCAUGAUCUUCUUCGUCUACUACGUUCCGCGGAUGGUCUACUUCCGUGCCGUCCACUUCACUUCCGACAUCAAACAGUCCAGCUACGUGCCCAUCCUUUUCCUCUCCCUCAUCGCUCUUUCGGCCGCCGUAAUCCACGUCCUCUCCUUACAUCAGUCAGUUUCCGUUCCCUCGUUUCUUCUCAUCCGUUUCUCUUCAGUGGACUCACCUCCAAUCCGGUCAUUUCCUUAAUCAUGGGCGGUACUGACGAGGUGGACAUGUUCAGUCCGUUCAUCUACAAGGCACUCACCACUUCCGCCAACCGAAUCGUCUCCCCAGUCAUUGCCGUUGUUUGCCUUCAGCAACUCGCCACCUACGCUCAAAUCGGAGCACCUCUCCUCGAGAAAAAGUGUCACUUUCCGUCCUUCACUGAAAACGUCUUUAUUCCAGAAACGUCCAUUUGAUUCUCUGUUUAGUGUUCACCGCCAUCGUCUUCGGAUACACUUUCUACACCGAAUAUCAAGUCUAUCUUUCACUCGGACCCGAAGUCAUGGUGUAUCCGGACCCCACCGAAGUCUCAUUCAUCUUCAUAACCUCACUCUGAUUCCUUCAUUUCAGCCGGAUUUGUUCGACCUCGUUCCUCCCAUUCUCACUGCUGUUCUCUUCUUUUUUGCCCGACAGAAAGUCUCCCGCAAGUCGGUUUAUUCGGUUGAGAAGGCCGGUCCGAACGGUCCCUCCACUCUCGAUCGGGUCUCUAAAGUGGUCGUCUUUCAAGUGGUAAAAUAAUGCGAGGCUAUUCGGAUUACUGUACUCUCUUUUCAGGUGAUGGCAAUCGUCGCGAUCGUCGCCGUUUUGAUGCGUACGCCCGACGAGAUGGCCGACUCCACGUACACGUUCUUCAUCUGUGCUCAGACGCCCGUCGUCCACUGGGUGCUCUUCCGUUCGCUGCUCCGUUCCCGCAAACCGACCCGUCUCUGUUUCCUCAUGUGCUGCAGUUCAGAAGAGAAAAUCGCGUCGGCAAACGAGCCGGGAAUGGAACUGAAUCAGCACCCGCAGACAAACGAGCCGAGCCAGAAGAACGAGGAGGACGAAGAGGAAGAGGAAGCGACACUCGAGACGUUGGAUCACAACAAAAUUGUGCUGACACGACAGAGCCAGGAGGGAGACGAGAAGAAGGAAAUGGCGGAGAAGAAGAACGAUUGA